AUGGCGGCUAUAUCUACCAGUGCAUCUGCCAGUGCUGCAGCUUCACACGAGCAGCGACCAAGCUCGCCAUCUCCAAGCGUCUCGCCCUCGCUGGCGAUAGAUGCUGUGCCCUUGCUUGACCGAUCAGUAUCAACACCUUCGAAUUCCUCCGCCUCCAGCCUUUCGACCCGAUCACGACAGUCCAGACUUUCCGAUGGCGCCUCUACAGUUGUCAGGAGAAGGGGCUAUAUGCGACCACAGGGUACCGCCUUUGCGGACUCGGCACGCAAUCGAGAUAGCGUGAUGAGCUUGGGAAGCAUUGCACAUAUGCAGUACUAUUUUGCCAGGACAGGUUUGCUCGAUGGGAAAGGAGCGCAGUUAGCAAAGGACAAGAAGCGAGAAGGUAGCAGCAGCGACAAGGAGAAUGUGGAGCCCGCAAUAGCUUGCGCAGAUGAACUUGGGGUGUCAUCGUUAUCCUUGUAUGAUGGUGCCUCGAGCUACGCCAUGUCCGACCCAGGUGCCGACUCGAGCGUCUUGGAAAGCCCGACAGACAUGUAUAGCAGUGCCCAACCCUGGAAUGGCAAAGCCGAGCCACCAAUGCUGCCGCCAACAGUCAGCACGUACAAGCAGAAACCAUCCUAUACUGAGCCACUCCCAGAUAUGCCAGUGCUUCGAAGAGAGCUCAAUGAGGCUCUGCAAGAUGCAUGCAAGGUCAUCGAAGAGUCGCAGAAGCAGCAAGACUGUACACAAGACGAUGGCGAAGCUAGCAAUGGCUUUCACGAGAUACAGGGGCUGCAUAUGUUGGAUAUCCUUACACUUGCGAUAAGAGCUGCCAAGAACUACUACACAGCUCAUUCGCAGCCGGCGAAGUUGUACGCCCUCAAGUCCGAGAGGAACAUCCGAGCAGAGCUAUAUCAGGUCUUGGAUAUACUUAAACGCAUGGCUAGUCGAAAUUUCAAGGGCGGCAUACGCCUGAACGAAUUGACAGGCAUCAUCAUAUGGAUCGAGAGUAUUGAUAAGCUUCUCAAGCAAGAAGAGGAGCAGGAAAAGGCCGAGACUGCUGAGAGAAAUGCUUGGAUGUGGCGAGAGGGUGACUGGACUGGACAAGAACGAGAACGGGAAGGCUUGUUCAUGAAAGCCUUUGAUCUGAGCGAGACGCCCUUGCCGCAAUGGACGGAGCCUUCGCCAGAACGCGACUUGCCAGACGACUUCCUCAAAUGUUUACAGGAUGGCCAACGGCUCGUCAAGCUACAUAACACCUUGGUCCACAGAUCCAGGAGACAAUUCCACACCAUCAAAUCCUGGCAUACAGAUGUAGCAAAACCAUAUCGCAUGGCCGACAAUCUGCGCUACUGGAUCAAGGCCGCAGAGCUGCGGUGGGAGGUCAAGCUUGUGGUGCCUGUGUCCGACGUUGUCAAUAGUAAGGAGGAUCGAGAGUCGUGGCGAAAGUUCGAUGAAGCGAUAUUGCUUUGGUCUCAGCAUGUAAGAACAGAGCUCAUGGAAGAGUGGCGUCAAGAGGCUGAAGUUGGUGAUAAGAAGAGGCCGCCCGAGCUUCAUGUUGAGGUCCCGGACAGUGAAGAGGUUGUUACUGUGGCGUGA